UGUUCACCGCGAGCCCGCAGCUGGAGAACGGCAGCAGCGGCGGCAGCAGCUCGAGCUCCUGAGGCCCCGGGCUCCGGGCGUCCCUCCCAACACCAUUUCACACCGCAGUCCCCAGGUUAGGUUGACAAGAAACAAGCCAUGAAUGUGGGCACUGCUCACAGUGAAGUGAACCCGAAUACCCGGGUUAUGAACAGCCGUGGGAUCUGGCUGUCUUAUAUUCUGGGAAUAGGUUUGCUUCACAUCAUUCUGUUGAGCAUCCCAUUCUUCAGUGUGCCAGUGGUAUGGACACUCACUAAUGUUAUUCACAAUAUGGGAAUGUACAUAUUUCUGCACACUGUGAAGGGAACGCCAUUUGAAACUCCAGACCAAGGAAAGGCACGGCUGCUGACACACUGGGAACAGAUGGACUAUGGCGUACAGUUUACAGCCUCGCGCAAAUUCCUCACAAUCACACCUAUUAUCUUGUAUUUUCUUACCAGUUUUUACACAAAAUACGACAAGUUACAUUUUGUUAUAAAUACAGUUUCGCUGAUGAGCGUCCUCAUCCCAAAGCUGCCUCAACUUCAUGGAGUCAGAAUCUUUGGCAUCAACAAGUACUGAAGACAGCAUGAUGACACACGUGAAAGAAAACACUUUUAGAACAGCUGUCAGCAGCAAGGACACUUCGUGUUCAGAUAUUAGGACUUAUACCCUGCACCCGAUAAUCUCUUAUCAUGGACUUUUUAUUAUGAAUAGUAUAUUUGUGAAUGAAGCAGCUCAAGUUGGUUGCUCAAGUAUCACAUUAAAUGUUUGCAGUGCUCGGAAUAGAAAGCCUGCUUUUUCGUUUACUGUCUGUAGAUCCUAUUUUCACAAAUGAUAAUUUUGAUACCUUGAUUUGCCAUUAUUAAGUGAGGAGACUUUGGUAUUGUAAACAUUUAGUUACUGCAGUAUGCAAAUUUGCUGUCCACUGUGACCAAGCAGAUGUAAAAGUAUAAUGUGUAAAUACUGUAAUGAAGGUAGAUUUAUGAAGGUAUGCAGUUUGAUGAUUGCAAAAGAUUUGUUUUCAGUGUCACAAUAGAAGCAGUUGCUGAAGAUUCUAAUAUCAUGCAUGCUGCAAAAUGGCAGGAUUGAUUAGGUGUCCUUCACUAUUGAGGUACUUGGAAACUUUGUCUAUUGGCUUCGUGGCCUCUUUGAAGAAACAGUGCUGGUCUUACUGUGCAUUUUUAAUUACUAUCUUUUGCAGAUAAUUUUAUUUAUUUUUUUUUUUCUUUUUUCCCCGUUUCACUCAGUGUUGUUUGAGAGAAAAUUACUUGGGAGAAUAUAAGCAAUAGUAAGGAUGUGUUUUGAAGCACAGCUUAUGAAUGUUUGAUUUAAAAAGGUGUUUGUUUUUGGAGUUUUUUAAUGUAAAGUGUUAAAUAAUAUAGAUUCUGUGUGUUAAUGAGAACAGUGAUUGAAACUGGAUACUUAAAUCUGUCUACCCAGGGUUUGUUUGUAUGGAAUCUUAGAGUGGGAUGUUAAUUGUUGGAAUACUGCAAAACAUCAGUGAUCAUGCAUUUUCCUAUAAGUUUGCUAUGUUGCCUAACUUGCAUUCCUUUUAAAACAAAAUGUAAUGCUGGUUGUAUCUGAUCUGUUUUUCUGUCAGAGUAUAUUGUAAUUUAAACUGGCCGAAGAGAUGUGUAUGAAUUUCAUCUGGUUUUUACUGGAUGGCAGCAAUGUACCUGACUUCUUUUAUACUGUCAUAUAACUGUUGCACACUUGAAGUGCACACUAGUACAGCUGGCAUUCCUUGCAGUCUGCUAAGACUACAAAAUGACAGCGCUGUGAAUCAUGUUUUAAGCAAUAACAUAUGAACACGUCCCAUAGCAAGGGAAUUGAAGGCAUGCCUAGAUGGUGAGGCUUUGACUGCUAUAUACAUUUAGAUUGCUGAACCUUGGUUCUUAAGAAUCUGGUUUUGGAACUAGGUGGAAGGAAAGACCUGACGUUAAAAUUCUCAAUCUCCAUCCAGUUGCUAAGAAUGUAAGACUACAUGUUUUGGAAUGAUUUGACAAGCCUGCCAAGACAAGUGAAGGUUCCUGAUUUUAGAAAUGCUACUACAGUGAUGCAGUUGGAGUGAAGACAUAUUGCUCUGACUUCAGUGACCAUCUGAGUUACUCUAUCCUGAUCCAGGAAUACCUAAUACUGAUGGUGCUGAUUGCUUUAGCAGAUGUGAAGUAUUACUUUUCCCAAUGGUGACUAUCUGAACCAUGUAGAUUGGGAAGGAGGGAGAGGCCAGGAUCAUGUCCCAUUUUUUAAUUCCAGUCAGAUUAGCUAACUGCAGCUGGGACAGAGGUAAGGUAUAAUUGCCUCUAGUCCACAAAGCUGGAAAAUCAAUCAGUUUGCAAAAACUAAUGGGUAACCAUCUCCUGGAGAUGUGCUAGUGUCGAUGUUGGGCAAGAGGUGAUUGAACUCGGUUCCCCUUCCUGCUGAAUCUCUAAAGCUUCACGCAUGAAACCUAGGAUUACAAACAGUAAUUAAUAGAAGUAUUGAAUGGUCAUGUAAGAAUAGUAGGCACCUGGAAAAGCUGCCAGUUUUGGUGGAGUAUGGGAACACAACACUGUGAAUGGGGAAGAAGUAAAUCCAUUUCCAUUCCCAUCUUUCAUUCCCUGCUAAGGUACGCAUGUAAGUAUGUUACUACUUUUGACGAGACUUUCAACCUGUUGAAAAGUCCUGAUCUUUUAAAGAAAUCUGCCAUAUUUUUAAACUUUAAAAAUUAUGCUUACAUUGGGAAGUGUAUCCUGAGGUAUUUUAUCAGGAAUAGUAUACCAGCAUAAUCAGAGUGCCCAGUUAUUGGCAGUAAUUAAAAGUUUACAGUGUUUUCUAAAUUUGGGAAUUUAAUCAUAAUCUUUUUUUCUUGCAUUACUACUCAGUUGGAGAAGAAAUAUUCAAAUUGCACUUUUUUAAAAUGUUUACAAGCCUAUACUGAUCUCCUGCAGCAAGGAGGAAACAAAGAAAACAAUUGGAGUGCAGACUUUAAAAUAAAUGCCCUCAAAUUAACAUCUCUCAAAGUUUUGAAACUGAAACACAUUACUUAUCAAAUAGUUAACAACUGCAACAGGUUAACCCUGUCACACUUGAUUCUGUAGGAGCACAAUCCUCUGCUUUUUAGUUUGACUAUUAAUGAAAUCUUUUAUUUACAGGGCUUAGUUUGUGUCAUAUUAUUCAAACUCUGUGAAAGAUUAUGCCAGUGAAAGGGUUAACCUACUAUAUCCAGGAUUUGUUAAACAUUUUAAAAUAUUGCUUUGCUGAUCUGAUGCCUUGUACAAGAUGAUUAACGCCUUGAAUUUAUCAAUUUUUGAAUGCUGGUAAUGAAAUACGUGGCUGUUUUUAUAGUAUUUUGAUGGGUUCUGGAUUGUCAAAAAGUAACUAACUUCUGUGGUGAAAAACAGUAUGGUCUUUUGUUUCACCCACAACUCCCUUCCACUUUCAGUAUGUAUCAUAAAUGUUAAUGGGUGAUGGGUUGGUACUGAUUAAGUACCAGUGAUAUCCCUAUCCUAAAAAUAAAGUAGUAAAUGUGGGAAUUGAUGUAUUUUAGAACAAUUCAGGGUCAAAUUCCUGCAUUAUUUUUAUAGUGGCUGUAAAAGGUACGAAUACCAAAACUAUUUUGGUUGAAUCUAAAUUAAAUAUAUGGCAGGCUGGGCCUUUUGAAUUUUAUACCAGUCUAUCAAUUGUGAUAUUUACCAUUUGAAGAAUUAUUUGCAUUGGGGAUUAGUGAGUUUGUGUUUGAACAUCAUGUAAAUAAGAGUUAAUUAAGCAUCUGGUGUAAAAGGGUUCUGUAUGCCAACUGCCCUUCUGCACAUAGAUGUUUUUUCAUCUAGAUCUUUGUAAGAAAGUGUGAAUAAUAUUUUUAUUACUCCUUUGUACAGUAUUCUGAUAUUUAAUAAAGGGCAGUAUUCAUGUAA